AUGGCCACUCGGACGAGUAUAAAAGAUCGAUGUCGUCUUUGUUAUACACGUCUAAAAGAUACAUCAACUUCGCAUCAUAAAUUAUGGUGUUCACAACAUAAUCAACGUAUAUAUAAUAUAUAUAAACGACGUCCUUAUCGUUAUCGUGAUCUUAUUGUUCGUUAUUUAUGUAUUCGCCUACCUGAAAAUGAGAAUGAUAUACAUGAAAAUAAUGCUAUUGAUCAUUAUUCUCAUGUUGUUUGUGGUGCAUGUGCUGCAUCACUUAAUAAACUUGAUACAGCAUUUCGAACAUUUCAACAAACACAAAAAAAUCUUCGUUUAAAAUUUCGUAAAACAUCUCAAAUUGUUCAUUAUCAAUUAGAUAAACAAAUACAAAAUUCUUCACAAAAAUUAAUUAAAGAAAAUCAACAACAAAAAUUAUCCGAAAUAAAAGAUCAACCUGAAGAAGAAAAAAUUAUUAUACCAAAACGACAAUCAAAACGUAAAGGUGCACCAAAACAUAUUGAUCAAACAAUAAAUAAUCAUAUUAAUACAAAAAAAGCAACUGGUGGUGUGCAAUUAAUUGUUAAAAUUCCUUCACCAGAUCAUAACAAUCAUGAUGAUGAUAAUGAACAACAAGAAACAAAAACUUCAUUAUUAUUACCAACUAAACGAACAAGUCCUCGACGAAAACCAUAUCAAAUAAUUGAAUCUGAAAAAACAAAUCCAAAGAAAAAAUUUAAACGUUUAACAAAUGAUCCAGAUACAUCCACCAACGAGUCAUACAAUUCUAUAAAUCUUCUUAAACCGAAGAUAUUAACUGAUAUACCAAUUAAUGAUAAAUCUACUCCACUUUCUUUAACAACCAUAUCCGGUUCAACUCCUUCGAACAGUCGACCAUUCAACUCGGUGAAAGGCAAUCAUAUUGAACGUAUUGCUGUUUCCUUAUUAUCUGGAACGGAUGCACUUACCGAUGUUGGCAAUAAUAGUUUAAAUCUUUCCAACGGUACCAAUGAUAUUAAUUCCAAUCACAAUUCAAAGAAGACACUUGGAGGACGUCAUACAAAACCAUCAACAUUAGAAGUAACGACAACAAAUAAUAUACUUUCUUCAACAAUUCCAUCACCUACAAUUGAUGAAGAUGAAUUAUCCAUUGGUGAUGCAAGUAAUGAUAGUUCAAAUACAAGUUCAAGUAUAAAUCGACAAAAUACAAAUGCAAUUAUUCCAAAUGUUAAUAAAAAUUUACCAUCAUCUAUAUUAGCAACACCAACAGCUGAAGGUUUAACGAUAACAGCUAUUAAUCAAACAGGUCAAAAACAAAUUUUCAUGGCUAAACAAUUAGGUAAUUUAAAAAAAUACCAAUGUAGUCUAUGUGAAAAAAUUGUUACAAAUAUUCAAAUUCAUGUUCGACGACAUACAAAUGACAAACCAUAUCCCUGUACUUAUUGUGAAAAACGUUUUACAAAUUCAGGUGAUCUACAAAUUCAUGUUCGCAUUCAUACAGGUGAAAAACCAUAUGCAUGUCCAUUAUGUUUAAAGAGUUAUAGAACGAUAGGUAAUUUUAAUAGUCAUGUUAAAACACAUGAUUCUGGUACACGACCACAUCGUUGUGAGUUAUGUAAUCAAACAUUUCCUAUACCUAAAGAUUGGUAUUCUCAUUUACGUUCAAGUCAUCGUUCUCGAACAGCAAAUAAUAAUAAUAAUAAUAAUAAUAAUGUAACAUCAUCAUCAUCAUCAUCAUCAACAUUAAAUUCAACAAAUACAACAACGACAGUAACAAAACCAUUAUUUUCAAAUUGUUUAACAAGUCAACAACAACAUAAUGAAAUAUUUAUACCUAAUAAAGUUAAAUUAGAACCAAUAAAUCGUUCUCAAUUAAUAAUUAAAUCAGCCAAUGAAAAAAGUUCAUCAAAUGAUGAUGAUUUAGAACCUGUUAAUAUGUCAAAAAAAGAAGACUUAAAUGACCUAGAUGAUGAUGAAGAUGAAGAACACGAUGAUGUGGAUGAUGAAGAUGAUGAAGAAAAUCAUCAUCAAUCAACACAUAAUUUACUUACAAAUGUAUCAUCACCUGUUCAUGCUUAA